AUGGGGAUUGAAAGCACAAGUACCGCAUUGCUGACUGAUACGAUUGAGUUAAGAUCGAUUCCUGUUCCACGACCACCUUCUAGGAUCUCUGUAUCGCGUGCAGGUCCUCCUGUUAUGCCACCACCACCAUCGCGAUCUGGAAUUGGGUCUAGGAUUGGUACCCCAACACAACGGCUAGGAACAGCUCAAAGAGUAGGAUCGGCAAUUGGAGAACGUCCCGCCACAGGCAUGGCGCGACCUCCAACAGGUCUUAGCCCGACAAUCCGUCCCGUAACCCAGCAAGGCUUAAGUGGAGGAAGAGCAGUGAGCCGUCUCGGAACAGGAAGCAUGAGACAAGUUCAUGAUAAAUCGUACUAUAUGGGACUGAUUAGAGCUAAAAUGAAUCAGCUAACAGCUGAGAUAGGCCGUCUUGAGGAAGUUUAUCAAAAAGGCUUACGUGAUCGAAUGGAGUUGGACGCUUAUGAGGAGAGAGCAAAGCAAAGCGCAUUGGAACUCAAAGAAAUGCAGGGGAAAUUGCUUGAUUACAAUGUGAUUAUUGAUAACAUGCACACAAAUCGCGAUAUAGGCGAUUUUGAGGCCGAAGUUCGAAGAGCGAAAGAAAAUGCUGAUGAGGUAGAGUCUACCGUAAGAGAGUUGUUCAACGAACGACAAGCCCGUGAACGAGAAGCAGAAGAGAUUGCAAUGGAAAUUGAAGAACAGAAACGAUUGAAUCAAGCAGUUCUGACCGGAAUGGAUUCAGGUAUUCGCCAACACUACGAUGAGUGCAAAGCAAAGAGCGAAAGCUUGCGGGCGGAAGUAGAUGAGAUGCAAGAAGAGGUGAACCGAAUGAAUGAACAGAUUGAUCAGUACGAAAUGGAGCUCAGCAAUUCACCUCUAAAAAAGAAGGCCGUCCAACUGCAGCAAAAUCUUAUGGAGUUGGAGAAAAAACGAGCAUUGCUGCUAACUGAAAAGGAAGCGAAAGAAACGCCGGAGCAAAAGAAACAGAAGCUCAUUGAGCAAAUGCGAACAAACAAUGAAGAUAUUGAAAAAAUGGAGAAACAGCUGCAGAAAAUCAACGAACAGAUCAACAUCGCACAUGAAGAGCUCCGCGAAUUUGAUUCAAGCGCAAAUGAGAAAUUAGCGAAAAACAACGAGAAGUAUCAUGACCUUCUCAUAAAGGAAAAGGAGUAUGAUGAUUUUCUGAAAGGAUUUGAAGAGCAAAAAAAUAGUCUCACCAUUGAACUAGACAAAUAUGGUGACGAAAUCGUACAAAUCUUGAGGAAUAUCUCUGUGAACAUGGAACAGGCUGCUGCGCUUGAACCGCAUGUGACUGACCUUGAUAUGAACGAGUUGCUGCAAGGAAAAGCAACAUUGGAUGAGCUUCAAAAAUUAUACAUGCGUCUUCAAGGAGAGAUGCAAACUCUAGAUGAUGUGGAAGUUCGCUAUAAAUCCGAAAUGGAGACAAUGAGGAAUAGAAUGAGUGAAAUGAGAGACCAGAUCGAAUCGUUUACCGAUGUGAACAAGGUUGCUGCGGAAGCCCAAGAAGAUGUGGAGCUGCAAAAACGACGUGAAGAGCUGGAAACUACAGUGCCAGAGCAGGAGGAACGUCAAAGAAAUCUUGAGAGGCGGCUGAGAGAACUUCAGGAACAAUUAAACAGCGACCCGGAAUAUGCAAUGUAUCAAUCUCAACUGAAGAAGCUGGAAAUGCUGAAAGAAGAAAAUGUUAGACGAAAGGCACAAAUUGAGGAGCGAGAGAACGAGACGAACUAUGAACCACUUAAGGCGGAGGAGCAGCUGAACAGCGACCCGGAAUAUGCAAUGGUUUGA